UUGGAUGUCGGAUCAGGAUCAGGAGGAAUGGCUUUCUGUCUUGCUGAGAACGUCGGUGCUACUGUUACUGGUGUUGAAUAUUCUGGCUCGUUGGUGACACUAGCAAGGCACAGAAGUGAGAUGAAAAGUCUAACUGACAAGGUUACGUUUAUGGAGAAAGACAUGAGGAAGCUAGACUUCGAGCCUCAGAGUUUUGACGCAAUUUUGUUUUGGGGAUCUCUUGUGCACGUGAAUGCUGAAGACUAUCUUCCAAUGUUUAGAAAAGCUUAUGAUUGGUUGAAACCUGGUGGCAGACUUGUCAUGCAGGGUUUAAUCAAGUCUGAAUCCGAUGGUACAGUGACUCAGGAGUUUAAAGACUACAUCACCAGAAUGUGCUACAAACCCAUCACAUACUCAGAGUGCCUCCAAUUUUUAUCCUCGUCUGGUCUUCAACUGCUAGAAUUCAAACACCGACGUGACUUCUAUGUACAGGACAGUGCUGAUACACUAGACAAAGUAAAGAAGAAUUGGCACAAAAUUAUAACGAAUGUAUCCAAAGAGACAUUGGAGAAAACCGUCUCGAUUUGGGAAGAGAAGCGUCGGUGGGCGGAAGAUGGUGCGUUGUACAUUUGCCUUUUGCUGGCUCAACGACCACUGCAGGAAGAGUAGACACGAGUUGUUAUUGUAUGUAUUGGAGCGUAUUCUAGGUGUGUUGUGCUGAGUCAAUUUCCA